AUGUGCCUUUACGCGCGCCCGUUUGAGCAUUUGGGCUUGGACAGCAACAACGGCACUGCUGCCACCGCCGCUGCCACCGCCACCACCGACAACGAUGAGGGACAGCCACGCAGCGCCCCAGUGACCUCACGAAGCCCCGGUGGCCCGGCCGCAACAGAGCCCCCUGCAACUGUCUAA